AUGUCGGAUUCUCAGCUAUUCGGCGACAAUGUCGCAAAGCCGACAGGUAUCAAGGUGGUAGUUGUCGGAGCAGGAUUCGGUGGGUUAACAGCUGCCAUCGAAUGCCAUCGUCAAGGCCACACUGUCGAAGUAUACGAAUCUUUUCCUGAGCUCAAAUCCCUUGGUGAUAUUAUUUCCUUCGGGCCCAAUGCGGGUAGAAUAUUUCGACGCUGGUCUGAUGGCCUUAUUGCUGAACGUCUGAGACCACUGAGUAUCAAUCUUGAAACUUACGGCUUCAAAAUUCACAAAUGGACAGGCGAGCUUGUCUAUACACAGCCAACUCAUAAAUACGACCCCGAAGCACCGGUCUUCAAUGGUCAUCGAGGCGAGCUGCACACGAUUGUCUUCAACUAUGCCAAGGAUGAUCUUGGAAUCCCUAUUCAUCUUGGUCAGAAAGUCACGGAGUACUUUGAGGACGAUAAUGAAGCUGGAAUAAUUCUGGAAUGUGGCAGCAAGAUCACUGCAGACCUUGUCAUUGGAGCAGAUGGCGUUCGCUCCAAAGCCCGAGAGCUGGUACUAGGGUAUGUUGAUAAACCGAAGUCCAGUGGGUAUGGAAUAUUCCGAGCUUGGUUCUCGAAUGAAGAUAUGAUCCGUGAUCCACGAACAAAACACUUCUGUGAGAACGGCGACACAUUCAACGGCUGGAUCGGACCCGACGUUCACUUUCUUUUCUCCACAAUUAAGAAUGGCCAAGACUGCUGCUGGGUUAUGACACAUAAGGACGAGGCCGACAUUGAGGAAUCCUGGCAAUUGCCGGGAAAACUCGAGGAUGUAUACAAAGUCAUUGAAGGAUGGGAUCCGGUAGUUAAAGCGAUCGUCGAGAAGACUCCAUCGCUUGUUGAUUGGAAACUUGUAUACAGAGACCCUCUGCCUCGGUGGGUGAGUGACCACGGACGUAUUGCCCUUCUCGGUGACUCGGCACAUCCCUUCCUACCGACUUCAGCUCAGGGAGCAACACAAGCGCUGGAAGAUGGUGUGGUCAUAUCUGUGUGCUUGAAGGAGGGUGGGAAGGAAAAUGUUCCUGGCGCUCUGCGAGCUUAUCAAGAUAUCCGUUAUGAGCGCGUCAAAGCCGUUCAAAAGACUGGAGAGACGACUCGUGAUAUGUGGCAUAAGGCCGACUGGGAUGAAGUUGCAAAGAAUCCUUCAUCAAUUCAGCUCCCUCGCGAGGAUUGGAUCUUUCGAUUUGAUGCAGAGAGUAACGCGCGAGAGAAAUUUGGAUCGGUUUUGCAGAAGUUGCAGGAGGUUAAUUAA